AGGAUUUACGAGUCCGCUCCAUGGUCGGUGGAGGCCUGGGGACGUCCGUUGGAGAGCUUUGCUUUGGCAACGACAAGACUGGCUGGCGCUGGCAAUAAUUCAUCUUUGAAUGGUCAACAAACGACUGUUUUCUGUGUGCGUUGUGGCACCACCCGUGGCGUACUGGUCUACUGGCUGCGCUCGGAAACGCAUCGCGACAUGGCCGCGUGGGCACGCGCCCUCGUACAGGGUUCCCACAAUGCCGUCAACUAUCAGCGAGAGUUCUCGUUUCGCUGCCUCUACCAGGGCAGACAGUGUCAAUUGGUUGUGCAUUUGAAUCGCGGGUUCUGUCUUUACGACUGCAGUGGCUAUGCGGUGGCGGCGGCGGCGGCUGUAGCGGCAGCGGGUGUGGUUGUGCCGCCUAAUCAGACAAAAACUCAGCUAUGGCAAUUUCCGUUCGACAAAUUAAAGGGCUCAGCGGACGAUGGCAUACGAAUGCUGUAUUUGGAUUUUGGCGAUGAUGGAGAAAUUGAACUCGACAUGGAAUGCUGUCCCAAGCCGGUUGUCUUUGUAGUACAUAAUUGCCUAUCAGCGAAGGUACAUUCCAUCACCUAAGAGAUGCAGUGAGUACAGUGAGUAGUGGGCAGCAUUCGGAAAGAGGCUGCAGUUAGGGGUUUAUCUAUAAAUUCCAGUUAAGUCUGCAAGUAGAAAAAAAAGUAUUUAAAAUCAAAUUGAAUGUAAUUUAAUUGAACGGCAAAGUAUCGAAAUAGGAACGUAGAGGAAAUAAAAUGAAAAAUCGUAGCGAAAAUUUUUGUAAUUUCAUACCAAACGAGGAAGAAUGAAUAUAGCAUAAUAAAAUAAUGGCAAUUAAAAAAAUUUA